GCUCCCGUUUCCACGCACAGCGACGAGGCCGUGUCCUCCCAGCGGCGGCCCUGUAGGCAUUAGUGCAGUGGGAUUGGGGAGAGACCCACGAGUGUAACCCGCUGCUGUCAGUCAGGAAGCGCUGCAUUAGUGCCCCGUGAUGUGGGGGAAGUUCUGUCAGUGUUUCUCCGUUGUGCCCACUGCCCUGUCCCCGGUCUGCUGUAUUCCCCAGGGGAUGACACGGGAGUAUGACAUGUCACCUGGCAUGGAGGACUGCUGAUGGCUGCGGUCUGCGGGAAUUUGUAUGCUCAGUAAAGCGCCUUGUUGGAGAAAGAGCGCUGUAUAAACUGACAUCUGAAGAGGACAUGACAUGUAACUGUGCGAAAGCACCAGAUGCAGCUUAUGACACGGAGGUGGACAUGGACUACUCAGAGGAGUCCAAUCGAAUUGCAUCAUUUACUAAUUUCCCAAGUAGCUCUCCUGUCUCAGCUCCAGCCUUGGCUCGUGCUGGCUUCUAUUACACCGGAAUCAAAGACCUUGUAGAGUGCUUCAGCUGUAAAGCUAUGGUUGAAGGCUGGCAACAUGGAGACACCGCAAUUGGCAAGCACCGAAAAAUUUCCCCGAACUGCAGAUUCAUUAAUGCAUUUAAUUCGUCAAGUGGUUGUGUACAGACUCAAGCACCUAUGAGUCAGAAUACAGAUCCCUACCCAACAAAUGAAUUUAAUUGUGCAGCAAAUGAUUUUAAGUCCAGUUCUGAAAUACAGGCUGAUUUCUUGUUAAGGACAGGAAGAGUUGUUGAUCAAUCAGAACCAAAAUACCCUAGAUAUAUUAAUAUGUGCAGUGAGGAAGCACGUCUUAGGACCUUUACCAAUUGGCCAUGUUAUGUUCGUUUAACCCCAGAGCAGUUGGCAAGUGCCGGCCUUUAUUACACAGGCAUCAGUGACCAAGUUAAGUGUUUUUGUUGUGGAGGAAAACUAAUGAACUGGGAACCCAGCGAUGAUGCAUGGAUAGAACACCGCAAACAUUUUCCUGACUGUUUCUUUGUGUUGGGUCGGGAGGUUGGGAAUGUGACUUAUGAAUCCAAUAAUUUGCCCUGCAAUACACAAAGAAGUUCCGAAGUUCUUGAACAUCCAGCUAUGAGUCAGUACAAGGCGCGACUCGAGAGCUUUGCUAACUGUACCUAUCCACUCAACAAGGAGGCUCUUGCUAGAGCUGGAUUUUAUAGUACUGGAGAACAGGAUGCAACAAGAUGUUUUCAUUGUGGUGGGGAAUUAAAAGAUUGGAAAAUAAAAGAUGAUCCAUGGGAAUUACAUGCCAGGUGGUAUCCAGGAUGCAAAUUCCUAGUUGAUGAAAAAGGGCAACACUUUAUCAAUAAUAUUCAAUUAUCCAGACCUCUGUCAAACAGGCCGGCAGGUGCUGCUGACCAGAUACCACCCGCCCUGACACCAGCUGUUUUACCUGCAGACAGUGAAUUAACGAAGAACCCUUUGGUGAUUAAUGCACAGCAAAUGGGAUUUCAUCUGGAAGAAAUAAAGAAACUCAUGUUACAGAGGUUAAAAAACACAGGAGUAAAUUACACAUCAAUGGAGGUUUUCGUCUCCGAUUUAUUAUAUUCUCAGACUGAAAAUGGGGAUGCAAAGCAAAGAGAGAUCGAGAACAGCAUCGAGGAGAAAUUAAGAAAACUGGAAGAGGAAAAAAUCUGCAAAGUUUGCAUGGACAAAGCUGUGUCUAUUGUGUUUAUUCCUUGUGGCCACUUAGUGGUAUGCUCUGACUGCGCUGAGGCUCUUGAUAAAUGCCCCAUAUGUUGUACUAUUAUACACAGACGGCAAAAAAUUUUCAUGUCUUAAAGGACAGCUGUGAUGAAAAGGAAAAUAUAAUGUUAACUUAAUUAGCGUGAUUUACAAAUUCCUCCUCUACAUUAGUUUCUACUGUCCUAUCUCACUGACAUGUGCUGGGCAAUACCUAUUGCUAUUGGGGACAAGUGAAGUAAAUACAAAGACUACAGUACACCAGCAGAUCAGCUAUCCAUUCCCUCUAUAAUGGCAGUCAGAUAUACGGCUCAGUGAGGCAGAUCAGUAGAUUUUGGAUCUUAGAUUUUCUUUCUAGUUUUUUUGGUGAUGUUUGUCUUUUAAUCCAGUUUCUCAUCUAGUUUUGCUGCAGUUAAUUGUUAAAAUAAUUUUUAUUCAAAAUUUCUGGAAAUACUAAUGUAUAAGGUUUUUCUCACAAAUACGUCUGUCUCCUCACUAGACAUAAAAAAAUCAGUGCAAUUAGUCUUGUGAAGAAUGCUUCAUUUGUUCCUAAUAUGUGUACAGAUUAUUUACCUGGUGUAACCUUCACGUUAUUUAUAAAAUAUUAAAUGUAAUGCAUUAGUUACA